AUGCAGUCACGUUUCCGAAUUUUUACUGGCCUUAUUACUGCCUGUUUGUUCUGUUUCAUCAUUUCGAGGGUAAUGUUGAAUCCGCAUUUCGCUCGUUAUCAGGCGGUUCGAAGUAUUGCUUAUUCACGUGAGCAACAACAACCAAUAAAGGCAAAACAAAAGAUGAUGCUUAUGUGGACAACAUUCUUUAGCGAAUUACCUGAAAAUCGUUUGCAUCUUAUGAAUGAGUGCCCUGAUUUAAAGGAUAAGUGUAUAAUUACGACGGAUCGGUCUUCGGUCGGCAGUGCUGAUGCUGUGAUUUUUCACUUCAUGGUUGAAGAUUUUCGCUUGAGCGAUUUACCGAAAAACAGAUCUUCAUCACAGCGUUAUGUAUUCUUAACGGUAGAAGCACCUCCGACUUAUAAACUAUGGCAGAGAGAGACACUGCAUGCACCUCGUAACUUUUUCAACUGGACAAUGACAUAUCGGCAUGAUUCAGAUGUCCCAUGGGUUUAUGGAGGUUACUGGAUUAGUCCCGAAAUGAAUAAAGUACUUGGUAUCAAAUCUGAAAACUUACCUUACGAUGAAAAUGCAAUAUUGGGAAAUAAAAGUGGUUCAAUAUUUUGGUUGGUAUCGAACUGUAAUACAAUUUCGAAACGAGAACUAGCUGUUGAGAAACUUGGAAAAUACAUAAUGGUCGAUAAAUAUGGGGCAUGUGCAGACAAUCCUUAUAAACGUGAUGCAUGUAAGAAAGCUUCUGAAUGUGAAAAAGACCUAGGUGCAAUGAAUUUUUUUUACAUUGCAAUUGAAAAUACUAUUUGUAAAAAUUAUAUUACGGAGAAGUACUUUGAUCGAUACCAUCUACCAAGUAUUCCAAUCGUUAUGAGACGGAAAACAUAUGAAAACUUAGUUCCACCUCACUCCUUUAUACCAAUGGAUGAUUUUGAAAGUGCUCGAGUCAUGGCCGAUUAUUUGAUUGCACUGAUGUCGAAUAAAACAGCUUAUUUGGAGUAUUUCAAAUGGCGUUAUGAUGGUUGGGUUCGAGCUUAUCAAAGCAUUGGUUACAGAUUUCAUUUCUGCAAGUUAUGUGAGGCAUUACUAGAGGAACGACCAGCAAAAACAUAUGAAAAUGUGGAAGAGUGGUUCUAUGGGACUUCAGAAUGUGAAGGAUCCGAAUUUGCUGAAGGUUGGAAAGAAGAGUAG